AGCAGAUACGGACAGUGGAUCGCACAAUGCCAUGUCCCAUUGGAGCCAUGGCAGCCGGCGGUGAUGAUAGAGGGCGUCGGGAAACGUCAAAGGGUCGGCCGUCGCAAAGCUUUGCUCGAUAAGGAAACAACCUCCACGAAUGCCCCGCGCCUAGUGCCCUUCGACCACCUACACUGAGGCCGAGAACGGCCCGCUCUGUCUACUAGCUAUCGUAGAUGAUGGUUAGUAUGGUAUAAAUACGUUGCGCGGUGGUUUGCGAGGGCAUUGCUGCACGACACUUGUUUAUUUGCUCUGCGACGAUAAACCUUGGAUCCUGAACGACAAUGGCAUCAACUAAGCCCUCAUACCUCAUCGUUGGCGCAGGCGUCUUCGGUGUCUCAACUGCCUACCAUCUUAUCAAAAAAUACCCAGACCGGAAAGUCACAAUUGUCGACCAGGAUGCCUACGACGCUGAUAGCCGAGUGGCCGCCUCGUGGGACUGGAACAAAGUCGUGCGCGCCGACUACGACGACAUUAUCUACUGCCAACUUGCCCUCGAAGCCCAGGAUAUAUUCAAGGAGGAUCCGCUCUGGCAGCCUUACUUCCACGAGUCGGGGAUCUUCUGGGUCUGCCGUUCGGACUACGCACAGGACGUGAUUGAUAACUAUAAAAAGUUGGGGCGCGCGGCAGAUCUGCAAUCGGUCCCCAUUGAGGAGGCGAAGAAGUUGUUUGGCGGGUUGUUUGAGGACGCGAAUUACGAUGGCGCCAAGAGUGUGCUUGUUAACAAGACAAGCGGUUGGGCUGACGCUGGAGAUGCACUAAGAGCUGUUACGAAGUGGUCACUUGAGAAGGGUGUAAAGUACGUGGCCGAGAAAGUCGACAGCCUAGACUUCGACAAGAGCGGGCAGUGCACAGGUGUCAAGACGGAGCAGGGUAAUACUAUCUCGGCUUCACAUGUUAUCUUAUCCACCGGUGCAUAUACUUCAAAGCUGCUAGAGCAGGCUGCACAGAAGAGCGGGAACAACAAUCUUCGCGCUGGAUCAAGAAUCGUAGCUGGUGGCAUCACCACCGGUAUGACUACACUCGACGAGGAGUCGUACAAGCGGUUCGAGAAGAUGCCCGUUGGUGUUCAGGGCUACACUGCCGCAUACGGGCCCUUCAUCGGCAGCUUACCACCCACCAAAGAUCGCGAGCUGAAGUGGUGGGGCGAGAAGAUCUUCAAAAACACACACGAAGUACUUCCCGGUCGCUUUGUUUCUGCGCCACCGUCAGAACUGGACUACAAUCAGUGGAAUGUCCCCGGACCAUUGAAGCAGGACAUUGAUCACGCGAACGAUGUCUUCUACGGCAAGAACGGCGCCAACUGGAAGAUGGAGAAGCAUCGUAUCUGCUGGGAUGCAUUCACUACUUCCUCCGACUUCAUCAUUUCGCCGCAUGCUGGUGCUAAAGGUCUCUACGUCGCUACCUGCGGCUCCUUCCACGGCUACAAGUUCUUCCCCGUGCUCGGCAAGUACGUCAUCCAGAUGCUGGAGGAUGAUCUCGCGCCUGAGCUGAAGGAAAAGUGGGCCUGGGAUCGCGAGAGGCCGUCGCCAAGCCUGAACCCAGAUUGGCCACGGUUCGAAAUGUCAGAUUUGCUGGAUCAGUGGCCAAAGGCUAAGCUGUAGAGUCUAUUAUGAUAAUGGGAUGAGUGGGUGUGCAUAUUGGCAUGGCGUAUUGAGGUGUUCGUUUCUAUGGUAUCAUAGGUCUUGGAAUUUCGCCUUCACUUUUAGCACAUACUUGAUAGGUUACAAACUCUUUCGAAGUCAUUCGCACUACCGUAAUGAAAUAGACGAGGCUUAUUGAACGAGGGAAGUUGUUUGCGAGCGUGAAGCGCAAAGACAGGCAGUCACACCGUGCAGCGCAAUCACUCCAUCAAGCACACUACCGCAGAUAUAGUCGCUAGCCUAGCAUCCUCACUCCGC